AUGGCUCCAUUCACGGACCAGGAAGUUGUGGUCCUUGACGAUGAAGAGGAGAUCAUCAUCAUUGACGACGACGACGACGAUGAAGAUGACGAAGGAGACAUUGAGAUUAUAGACUUUAUGCCCCCUCCAACAGGGCUAUCGCCAGAGGAUAGGUUCAUCGGAAUCCGACCCUAUAUACCUUCUACACCAUCAAUUGCCUCUGUCAUUUCCCAUCCGCGAAGUACGUCCCAGGGAACUCAACUGGGAGGUUCCUGCAGUCCCGGAACCACAAGGUCUCGCAUCAACUCGACAUUCCGCAGGCCGAACUGGGGUUUCAAUGUAUCCAAGUCUCUGAGUGCAAGCCGAAGUUCUCUAGGUUCAUGUUUCCAACACAGAUCAGAGUCUCUUGGUGAUCCUCGAUCAUUUGUAGGAUGCCCGUCUCCCAGAUCAGGUCCAGGACUUUUUAGCGGGACUGCUCAAGAGCCAAUACCUCUCGAUGAUGAAGAGGCUGUUUCGGAAGUCACCCCUCGUAGGAUAUCGAGAGCCUUCGAAUGGCGCAGUAGAGCCGUCAGUCUCUCCAGCGCACCUGUUGCAAGGCCAGGGAUACCCAGCAGCAGUAACUUCGCCAUUCUGGACGAUGCAGACCCGCUCGGACUAGUACCAGUGGGCGACAGACUACUUUCUCAAGAACCAGGUCCAGAGCAAGCACCAACACAUUUCAAGCCAGGCGAAAUUAUUGACCUCGAAGAAGAUGUCGUCGAGAUGUUGCGCGUUGAAGAUGCCUACGAAGAGGAAGAAAAACGGCGGCGAGUCAGGAGAAAGGUCGAGAAGGUAGUACAUUACGAGCGGCGCAAUCCCACCAUCGUCGGCGCAUGGCAGCGAAUUGAAAGCACAAUAUGCCUGGAAUCUAUCACUCUGAAAGCCAACAAAACAGUUCAGCUGAAGGACGAGAGCUUCAUUCGCAUCAAGGACAUCCUGCGCAACUCCGAAACUGAGGAGAUCAGGAUUCGAGGACAUCGACUUCAACGAGCGAGAGAUUUAAAUGGGCUUCUUCAGAAGAAGCUAAACGAGCUUGUUGUAUUCCUUGAAGUCGAUCUCGAUGAUCCUCGGGCGCCACUUGAGCAGAGCACUGUUGAAGUGUCACUAGAAGAGGUUGCCAGAGUUCGAAGCGUCCGCUUCACGAAUCAGAAGUUUCCACUCGCGAGAAACGUUGUCUUGACGGAAUUCCGGGACAAGGAGCACGCAGCUGAGGAUGGAGGCUUGACUGUGCGAUGGACGUACACUUGUACCUACGAAUCUGCCGGAGAUAGAGACCACAAUGUCUUCAAGGAGCGGUCACUUGAGCGAUUGAAGGUCGAUGAAUGUACUCCUGGUUUUGAGAUCUCGGACGAAGACGCCCGGACGCUGUGGCGUGGUGAGACUAUAAUUGGAGGCUCCUACCGACCUGGGAUCGAUCCCGAAGAAGUCAUUGAGGUACCAGACAGUCCGAGCGAGGUCCCAAUCGAUGUUGCUGGUAUGCAGGAGCCGGAAGCAGUGUUAUGCAUACCGAAUCAGUCCAUUGAUAUCGAUGAACACGACCAACAAACUAGCGAGCUUGUCCCAGAGGGCCCAGAGGGCGUUCAGGGCAGCAGAGAAAAGCGAAACCACAGUGCUGUCGACCUUGAGCCUGCAGAUGUUCCGACUUCUGGAUCGGCUCUCAAGCGUAUCCGAUGUCAAGACCUAGAUGAAGUGGAGGAAACACGGGAAGGCGUAGCCAGGAUGAGCCUUCAAACAACAGAGCCAGAGAUGCCGAUAGACCUAGAAGCCCAACCAGAGCUAGCUGACGACCAACCACUUGCCCCAGAAACGAUCGAUUUGUCAAUAGAGCUUCCCAAGAUGAUCGACCUCGUCUCAUCAGAUCCCACACCUCCUGAACCCGACACUCCUCGCCCACCUCCAGAACCUAAACCACCCGUGAACAGAACGGCCGGCCAGACCUACACCUACGGCGACGCCUUCUGUGGCGGCGGCGGCUCCUCACGAGGCGCAACCAUGGCCGGCCUGCGGCUGAGAUGGGGCUUCGACUUCAAUAAACACGCCUGCCUGACCUGGCGUACCAACUUCCCCUUCGCGCACUGCCACGAGCUGCCAGCCCACGAAUUCGUCGACCUCUCAAAGACGGACUCCAACCCGGACGCCAUGAAAGUCGACAUCCUGCACCUCUCGCCACCAUGCCAGUUCUUCUCGCCAGCCCAUACAAUUGAAGGCACGGAUGACGAGAUGAACACGGCGAGUCUUUUUGCGGUGCAGGAGGUCAUUGAGGUGGCCAGGGCGAGGAUCGUGACGCUGGAGCAGACGUUCGGGAUUGCGUGUUCGAGGUUUCGAUUCUAUUUCAAUGCGUUGAUCCAGAUGUUUACCACGCAUGACUUCUCGGUUCGGUGGGCGAUCGUGCCACUGGCGCAGUGGGGAUUACCGCAAAGACGCCAGAGGCUGAUCAUCAUUGCUUCGUGCCCAGGCGAACCCCUCCCCCUAAUGCCACCGCCAACACACUCCGCAACCGGGCCCAUCCCACCCCUCAACCUCCCUCCCUUCGUCUCCGCCAACAUCACCCUGGCGUCCAUCCCGUACAACGCGUCGGAUCACGACAUCAGGUCUGUCAUCUGGGACCCGGAGCGCUACCAGACGCCGUGGGACGGCACCAAGAUCCUGCCUCGCGCCAUGACCACCUCGGGAGGGCAGAACUACCAUCCGUCGGGGAAGAGGGACUUGACGCUGAGGGAGUAUGCGAGUCUGCAGGGGUUCCCGCCGAAGCAUUGCUUCAGGGGAACUUAUGUGAAGAAGCAGAUAGGGAAUGCAGUGCCGCCUGUGGUGGCGAAGGUGUUGUUUGGGCAUUUGAAGGGAAGCUUGGAGAGGGAGGAUGGGGUUGAGGGGCCGGAGCUGAUUGAGUAG